AUGACUGAUGGCAAUGAGAAACUUAAACAAAUGGAGGAGGAGAUGGAUAGAUUCGAGGCUGAGAUUGCUCAUCAGUCGUCGGGCAAGACACCGAAUAAUAUUCCAAUCUCUGGCGGAUUUACAUUCCCUCCUGUUACUAACUUUAUGCCUCCCCAGUUACGUGUUCAUCAAAACCCGACCAACGUCGUGCAGCCAGUUUAUUCGGUCUUACCACUGCCUCCCGGGGUUCCCAUGUUUGUUCCCCUUUCUCAACCUCCUGUGUCUUGUUACCAUAUGAAUGUCGCUCACACGCAGUUGCCGCCAUCAAAUCCUGUUUUCAUGCCUUCAAAGGCAUCUAAUAUGUCGAUCCCAACACCAAAAGUGGAAAUGUCUCCCGUUUCAUCAGUUAACAAAGAGACUGUUAGUGAACAUAACCCAACUCAAAAAGUUAUAUCUGCCCCACCACAAAUGGCUGGACCAAACGAGUUAGCGGCACGAGCCAAGCAAGCCGCUGCGGCGGUUGCAGCUGCCAAGUCUAAAGCUGAAGACGAAGACGAUGAUGUUACUCGAGCAUUGCUAGCUGCGGCAGCGGGAGUUACUUAUACUCGAGUUCAGGGCCCAGAUGGAAAAGAAAAGGUUUUAGCAAGUAUCACUAAACCUCCGCUAACACCAGUCGUUACACAAUCGAGUAAAAAAUCAAAGCUAACCGAUCUCAAUACAGAUACGGAAGUGAACAAAGUAACACAAACAACAAUAUUACCUCCGGUAGCACCUACAAUUUAUCGUUCUGCUAGUACAACUACAAAUGAUCAAGUCUAUAAAAAGAAAAAGUACAUUCGCACAGCUGCUGGAGCCACUUGGGAAGAUCCGACUUUGGUUGAAUGGGAUCCAAAUGACUUCCGAUUAUUUUGUGGGGAUUUGGGAAAUGAAGUGACAGAUGACACUCUAGCACGAGCAUUUAACCGCUACCCUUCUUUUCAAAAAGCAAAAGUUGUUCGAGACAAACGUACCAGUAAAUCUCGUGGUUAUGGUUUCGUUAGCUUUUCUGAUCCUGGAGAUUUCACACGUGCCAUGCGAGAAAUGAAUGGUAAAUAUGUUGGUAAUCGCCCGAUCAAACUGAAAAAAAGCGAGUGGCGUAAUCGUCAACUGGAAGUCCAUAGAAAAAAGGAGAAAGAAAAACGAAAACUUGGUUUGAAAAACUGA